AUGGCCUCUUUCCGAGAUUUGUAUAAAAAUGAUGUCGAUUUCGCCGCAUUGUCCUUGCAAUCAAAGGACUUUGCUCAAUACUUGAAACCAAAUGGCCAACUGGACUUCAAUGAUUCAAAUGCAGUGAGACAAUUGACGAUCAGCCUGCUCAAACAGGACUUUGGGCUCGAUGUGAAGUUGCCAGAGGAUCGACUCUGUCCACCGGUUCCAAAUAGGUUGAAUUACAUACUCUGGUUACACGAUAUUGUCGAAUCGACAUCAAAGACAUCGAAUAUCGCAGAGGACACUGGAAAGAAAGUCGUAGGUCUUGACCUUGGAACGGGAUGUUGCAGCAUCUACCCGUUGCUCGGAUGCAAAACCAGAUCUUCCUGGGAAUUUUUGGCCACCGACAUUGAUGAGAAUAAUACACGGACUGCACAAGAGAAUGUGAAAAGAAACCAGCUCGAGUCGCGCAUUCGAGUCAUCAAGACGGACCCCAAGGACGACCUCUUCCCACUGGACAAGCUCGAGCAAAAGAGCCUCGAUUUCACCAUGUGCAAUCCCCCAUUCUACACAUCACGUGAAGAAAUGGCCCAGUCAUCAGAAAGUAAAUCGCAGCAACCCUCAUCAGUCUGCACAGGCGCCGACGUGGAAAUGGUCACAAAGGGCGGAGAAGUCGCAUUUGUCACCAAAAUGAUCGAUGAGAGUCUGAACCUUCGAGAUCGCAUCCAAUGGUACACUUCCAUGCUUGGAAAACUGAGCAGUGUUUCCGUUCUCGUGGAAGCACUCAUCAAACAUGGUAAUCACAAUUAUGCCGUAACGGAAUUCGUGCAAGGGAGUAAAACGAAACGUUGGGCUUUGGCUUGGUCUUGGGGAGAUCGUCGUCCUUCUAUGAGUGUGGCUAGGGGGAUACCUGGAUUCCCUAAACAUCUACUACCUUUCCCUGCUGACUACAACUUCACGCUCCCGAGCGAAAUCUCCAUUGAUAAUGCGACAAAAUCGAUAGACAAAGAGCUAGAGUCACUUCGUUGGUUCUGGAAAUGGGACCAAUCUCGCAGCGCGGGCGUGGGAUUUGCGGCUGAGAAUGUUUGGUCAAGACAAGCGCGUCGGAAGCAGAUGAAAUUGGCCGGACAAGACGGUUCUUCUUCCAAAGUUGAUUCUGUUCCAGAUGAGGUUGCUUUGGGCGUUCGUGUCGUGGCCAAGCUUGUUCGGGACCAGUCGGGUUCUUCGAAUGAGAACGAGGUACAGAUUGUGAUACACUGGAUCCAGGGUAUGGAUAGUGUGCUGUUUGAAAGCUUCUGUGGGAUGCUGAAAAGGAAGCUAGAAUCUAGCAAACCACACGAAGCUGAGAAGAUAGGUUGA